AUGUCGCUAUCCAAACCCUCCAUACCCUUUCAACGAUGUCCAGCAAAUUGCAGAGGCUGUGCGACAUUUGCAGCUCUCGGCGGCGGAUACUUUCCUCCUCAAACACCUGGCGGACCAUUGUACCAAUGUUAUGAAUAUGCUUUGGCGGUGGGUAUUAUAGACGGACCUUGUUCGAGCACGAUUGAGAAUGAGGAUUUAGUACCUGCUCCAUUGGCCGUACCUGCUAAGUCGGCGAGACGUCCUACGGGCAAGCCGAUUGCUCCUUCUGCUUUCACUUCUCCUCCUCCUCCGUUGCUCCCUUUCCUGUGGAAAACGCACCAGAGUGGUUCCUCCGCAGGAUCGACGAUGUCACAAAUUGAGAAAGACGCUAUCUUUGCUUCCUCUUUAUCUAAUAUGGGUGUCUAUGAAGAGAAAAAUGCGACUUAUCCUCUUGGUCAUAGUUACCUACCACCCGGUGUGGUUCCGCUUCCUAGUGAUCUUCUGUUUACGAUCACGACGUGUGGAGAACGAUGCGCGACGAGUUUUGUUGGGAUGUAUGCGAUGCGGAUGCGAGAUGCGUUUCAAGCUUCUGGGGUCGAUAUGCGGGCUCAUGAGGUGAAAGGGGAGUGGGAGAAGACAGGGGCGAAGCGAUGGUUGUAUAGUUUGGGGAUGGACAAGGAUAAGGAAAAGGUGAACAAGAUUCUAAGGAAGGGGAAAGAUGUGGUCAUGGCGCAGGAGAAGAGAGGGGAAGCGGAGUUUGGUCUCGAGUCAUCGGAGCCUCACUUACUGCCUGACAAGAUUGUGCGAAGAGCGGUUGAGAAAGUUGUAAGAGAACACUUCGAUCCUAUUGAUUGGCAAGGUCCGGACCGGGAUUGGCUAGGAGCUGAUGUUAGCAUUUCCACCCUACCACCACGACAGCGACCAUUGCAGAGUUGUGGCAUGGACGGACUCGUGAGCGAUGACCCGGACGACGAAUCUGCAUGCACCAGCUUCGUUCAAUUGAAGCGUACGAAGCCAAUGCAUUUUAAAUGGUACCAUAGGAGCAACGAAUUCGACAAACCGAAAUACGAAUGGCCCAGCAAUUGA